AUGAGCACUCUCACCGCAACCCAACAACGGCGGCGAUCCAAGCUGCCUCUGGGUCUCCAACUGCAUCAUCUCGCUUUUGCUCUGUAUCUCACCUCGAUCGUCAUCCUCGGCACCGCCUACAGCGUCGUCUACGGUACGCACCUUCAGAAUGUACGCAUCUCUUCCGGUCUCUCCGCCAGCUCGGACUCGCAGUUCCCGGCGACGCUUCCCGGUGCAGCGGUAGCACCUGCUCCCAUUCAAAACGGAGUAGAGGGAAGCACGAACCUCGGACCCAUCCCUCCGAGCAUCUUGCUUCCUCCUCAUCAUGCGCUGAACUACUGGGCGAAUCGUAAAAACAUUGUCAACCAGAUCUUUGUCAAGAAGGCUUGGCUGUGGACGACGAUCGCCUGGCUCUUGCAGUUGUUCCUGCUCAGGUUGGCACCUGCUUCUGGGUCAGCGACGCCGACGAGUACAGUGGGAGCCGCACCUUCUCGAGCAUCUGCACGCGUCGGCGCUCGUGUCGACCACAAGAAGCAAGACGAUGCCUCUUCUGCUACUGAAGCAGCUGCAGCUCAAGCCACCAUCACGAGCCCCGUGUCGAUCCCUGUGCUGCGGUACAUGAUCGCUACCUCCGCCUGGUUGCUAUUUGCUAACUGGUUCUUCGGUCCACCUCUCUCGGAACGCAUCCUCACCGCAACAGGCGCCGUGUGCGUUCCCAGCAGCAACCCGGGCCAAUCGCCCGUCGAGGACCUCUACUGUCGAACACGCACUCCGCUCUCCAGCUCCUCCCAUCCAGCUCUGUUCUCUUCCAACUCGGCUGCUACGCUGAAAACGUCCAAGAGCAUCCGUGCCAUGUGGAAGGGAGGUCACGACAUUUCAGGGCAUACGUUCAUCAUGGUCCUCUCGUCGCUUUUGCUGUUGGAAGAUGUCGCUCCGUAUCUGGCGGCGCUCCUUGGAAGGUCGGCGAUUGGGAGGAUCUUGUUCCCGAACAAGGUGACGGUGGAUGUUGCGAGGACGAGGUGGGAUGCCAAGGCGUAUGCAGCGGUCGGCGCGAGCGUGGCGUUGGUAGGGCUGUGGAGCUGGAUGCUUUUGAACACGGCGAUCUACUUCCACACACCACAGGAAAAGAUCUCGGGAUUGUUGGUUGGGUUGUUGGCGUGGCUGGCGCUGCCCAAAGGCAACUAG